CUGAAAACUGCCUGGUGAAUUUCUACUACUACGAACACACCGCUCAGGGUGCAUACAAGUGUCGGACCGUGGCUGCAGAAAAGACUGGGGAUGGAAAAUGUACUCUAAACGCUGCUGGAAAAGUCUAUACAGAUUGCUGUGAAUCUCUGAGUGAAGAUGGCCCUCUUUAAGAACAACUUCUGGGGGGAGAAAAAUGCCGGCUUUGACGUGCUUUACCACAACAUGAAGCAUGGCCAGCUGGCAACCAAGGAGCUAGCCGAGUUUGUCCGUGAGAGUGCUGCUAUUGAGGAGACUUACUCCAAAUCAAUGAGCAAACUGGCCAAGAUGGCAAGCAACGGAAGUCCACAGGGGACUUUUGCUCCUAUGUGGGAUGUGUUCAGGGUGUCGUCAGACAAACUGGCCCUCUGCCACCUCGAGCUGAUGAGAAAGAUGAACGAUCUCAUCCGGGACAUCAACAAGUACGGCGACGAGCAGGUCAAAAUUCACCGCAAGACAAAGGAGGAGAUGGUGGGGACAGUGGAGGCGGUGCAGGCGCUGCAGGUUCAGAGCGGCCACCUUCAGAAGUCAAAGGAGGGUUAUCAUGCCAAGUGUUUGGAGCUAGACCGGCUCAGGAAGGAGGGAGCUCCACAGAAAGAACUGGAGAAAGCGGAGCUGAAGUCUAAGAAAGCGGCUGAGUCAUUUGCGUUGUGCAUCGAGAAGUACAACCGCGUGGGAGGAGAGUUUGAGCAGAAGAUGAGCGAGUCCUCCCAGAAAUUCCAGGAAAUCGAAGAGGCCCACUUGCGGCAGAUGAAACAGCUGAUCAAAGCUUACUCCCACUCCAUAGAAGACACCCAUGUUCAAGUGGGACAGGUUCACGAGGAAUUCAAGCAAAAUGUGGAAAACAUCGGCAUUGAUAACCUCAUCCAGAAAUUUGCAGAGCAGAAGGGCACAGGCAAAGACAGGCCAGCUCUGGUUGGUUUUGAGGAGUACAUGACAGCUUUGGCACCAGAAGGUGGGAAGAAGAGUCGAGCAAAAGCCUUCAGGAUCCCCGGCCUUGGCAAGAGGGACAAGGAGCCAGACUCUACAGAUUCAGCAGUGACGGAGACCCCGAAUUCACCCCUGGAAGUAGACGACGAGGGAUUUGUCAUCCGAGCUGACAGCACACAAAAUGGCUGCUCUGAGGAGAAGGAGAGCAACUUUUACUCCAGUGACUCGGACUUUGAUGACGAGGAGCCCAAGAAGUUCCACAUCCAGAUCAGACCGGUGGCGAGCAGCAGUCGCAAUAACUCCGCUGCCACAGAGAAAGAACUGAAAGCCACCGUCGGGGCGCUCACUCUGCCGCCCAACAGAGGGGUCCGGCAACAGGUGUCAGUCAAGCGACAUCUCUCCAGGAACUCGAGUACUGCGGGAGGUCGCUCAGAAGAGAGCGAAGGUGCCUCCCACAGGGAUGGAGAGCAGGAGGGCCUACGCAGGUCCACCUCCAGUCCCGAUCACAGCAGGUUAAGUUCAACGGCAUCAGGUUCAGACAGUCUCUUCGGACCUCCGCUGGAAUCGGCCUUCAAGUCCAAAAGCUUUGAUGGUCGGGAACAACUCAGAGAGCAGAGCGCUUUUGGUGCGACCGAAUAUGCCGCUUUCUCGUCUGACUCCUCCUCUCCGGAGAACGUCGAGGACUCCGGCCUGGACUCACCUUCCCAUCAGCCCCUUGGGCCCUCCCCUGAGCCAGUGGGUUGGGCGGCUUGGCCUCCUGUGUCACAGAGUAAAGAGCAGACACAAACACUGGGACGACCUGCGGACCCUUUCCUCUCUGCUUUCCGUGACCCCUCCCCUGGUCGGAGCCCUCACUCGCAGGACGACCCUGCCAGCGUCUGGUCCAUCGCCUCGUCACGUCCCUCUCGUGUCCCCCCAGAUAUGGACCCCUCAUCCAUGCGGUUCCCUGCUUUCUCCCAGUCUCUUCCUCCCCCUGAGAUGGAGUCAUCAGUGUGGAACUGCAAACACAUUCCCCCCGAGGACCCCUUCCUCGCUGCGUUUGAGAGGACUGUCACCCAGGAGACUUUAAACCUGUCUGAUGCCUGGGCGCGCCCACCACCUCGCACAACCCAGGAGGGCAGGGGGAUGGAGGUGCGAGGGGACCCAUUCUCCAUCGCCCUCGUCGACACUAAGACACUCCCAACCUCUUCCUCCUCCUCCUCUUCAUCCUCCUCCAAUCGUAAAGACAGAGACAGGAAACGAGACCAGAGCCUCCCGCCUCCUGUUACUUCUGAUGACCCGUUUGCAAUCACGAUGAUUGGCAGCCCAACGCACCAGUCGUCGCUGGCUGCAGCAGCUGGGUUAAUCCCUGCACACAGCAGCAGCAGCAGCAGCGGCAGCAGUAGUGGUGGUGGUGGUGGCUCUACCAAUAGCACUAGGCUGGUACUUGAUGUUAAUUCAAGCUCUUUGCCCACAGCUCAGCCCAAGAAGGAGCUGAUGCACUGGAACUCUGUCCACAACCCGUUUAGUGAAAGUGUCUCUGGAACGCUGAGCAGCUCCAAAACACAGGAGGGAGGAGGGAAAGGAGAGGGAGGGGGAGGUGGAGGAGGAGGGGAGAGGAGGAAACAUCGAUCAUCAGAGAGUGAGCCACGCAGGAACGCCCCUCCACUCACGAGGCAUUCAGGACCACAGGAGGAUCUGUGUUUUUCCACAGACAAAGAUCAAGACUGCCUGGAUCUGAACACUCAGAUAUCGUGCAGUAUCACCUCACACAAGGGGUCCAAGCAUAACUUCAGACAGGACACAGCUGAAGUAGUCGCAGCUGCUCCUCAGAGAGCGGCCCGGGCCAAGAGGACCUCAGGCCGACUCAGCGGCUGUGAGAGAUCCCGGUCCCUGUGCUCUUCCCCGCUGCCAGAGCCCAGCCCUUCCCUCACCUCCUCCUCAUCCUCUAGCCCCAGCGAGUGGGGGCCUCAGGCCAGGGACAACGACUGGGCGAGUCAGAACCGAGCACCCAGUCCUGCCAGGACAGGCCAAUCCUCACCGCUGCCCUACCACCACCAGGACCAUCAACAAAGACAGUUGCACCUGUCACGAGGCCCCAGCCCCAUUUCCCUCAGCACACAGGAGGCCUGGCCAGUGGCAGCAGCCAUAACAGAAUAUAUAAAUGCCUACUUUAAAGGUGGACAACACAACCGCUGUCUGGUGAAGAUCACGGGCGACCUGACGAUGUCCUUCCCUGCCGGCAUCACCCGGAUCUUCACAGCCAACCCCAACGCUCCCGUGCUCAGCUUCAGGCUCGUCAACAUCUCAAGGAUCGAUCACUUCCUGCCAAAUCAAAAGCUGCUCUACAGUGAUCCAUCUCAGAGCGACCCAGACACCAGAGACUUCUGGUUCAACAUGCAGGCUCUGCAGCUCUACCUGCAGAGAGAGGCUGAACUCAACCCUCAGGCCUCAUACUACAACGUUGGCCUGCUCAAGUAUCAGGUGUCAUCUCAGGACCCGGGUAGAGCUCCCCUUCUGCUGUCUGCGGAGUGUCAGCGCAGCGGCACCGUGACCCGGGUGUCUUUGGAUUACCACUGCUGCCCCGCCACCGCGCCCUCAACCCAGCUCGCCGCUGUCCAGGUGCUGCUGCCAUUAGACCACACUGCCACAGACCUGCAGUGCCAGCCGCCCGCCUCCUGGAACGCUGAGGAAAGACGGCUGCUGUGGAAACUCCCCAACCUCUCCCCGACCAAUCACAGCAAAGGCUCAGGGACUCUGUGUGCCAGCUGGCAGUGCCUGGAGGUCCCCCGAGGCCCUCCACCCAGCCUGGCUGUUCAGUUUGUGGGCUCCGGGGCCUCGCUGUCGGGCAUGGACGUGGAGCUGGUGGGCAGCCGCUACCGCAUGUCUCUGGUCAAGAAGAGAUUCGCCACAGGGAAGUAUAUGGCUGGCUGCUCGUUGUGAAUCGUGUAAAGGACCAUUGCUGCAGGUUCAGAGGACUUCACACUUUUUCUCAAGUCAACAGCCAGACAGAAGGAGAGAUUAUUCCUGGUAAGACAUUAAAACUGAGGACUGACAUCUCAGCCUUGAAGGACGACGUGCACUUACUUCUGACAGUGUCCUGCUGAUCUAGGACCAAGCCUUUUCUUCUUCUUUUCCUCUAAUUUAAGUUGUGUGUGUGUGUGUUGUACACUCAGUCCUGCCUUUAGCAGGAGCCAGGAAGAUAGCUCUUUUUCUAUUCAAUCUCCUCUGUUCAUUGUGCUCUGAGACUGCAAACUGAGGUAGAUGUCAGAACUUUUCUUAAAUUAUAGAGGAAAGGAAAAUAAAGUAAGUCUGGAACUGAGUUGCCAUGGAAACUAGGAUUUUUCAAUUAUGUAAAUACUGUAUGGAAUAAAUCUCUGGAGCAUCUCAAAAGAUCAAAUGAGUCACUUGUGAGUAAAGAUCUUCUACCAAACCUUAGAAAAUGCAAUGUUUGUAAAUCUGCUGUUUGUUCCAAAUAGAGGUUUUGUGAUGUUGAUGUUUGAUAAAAAUAAAUGUGCUCAAACAUUUUGGUGUACACCAAUUUAUUACACAUUGUGACCAAGUACAAAAUACAGCUGAACUAUGCAGUUUAUUACAGACCAUCAUCUGUCCUUAGGAUAGUUAAAGUGUAGUCAAGAACAGGUUUAAAAAUGCACAAAAAUAAGGGUUCAGUAUACUUGUAAGAAGAACCAAAUCUAGUUCAAUAAAAAAUAAUCCUCCGCCAAAAAUCUAAAACAGCCUUACAAAACAUUACAAAGUACACACAGAAAUUACUUUUUUUUU